GCGGCUCUCAGCUGAGCUCCUCACUUGAUGUCCACUUGCACACUCUCCAACGCAAACUCACGGCUGUCCUCAGACGCGUCGCGACACUUGCCUUCACACCCGCUCAGCCCUGAUCCGGUGUGCGUAGGCGUGCAAUCAUCUCUACACCAAAACAUUGCACUCCAGCAACAAGAAAACCACUUGGUCGCUCACUCUUCUGGACCUGAAACAGGCUCUGUCUCUUGUGAGUGAUGCCAUAUUUUGUGUGAGGCUUCCGACGGGAGCAAGCGGAAGAAAAAGGAGCGCUCCCGACCCCAAACUCAGACCCCUGUCCCAAAAAGCAGCAGAUGUGACAGAAGAGGAGAGGCGGAGAAAGAGAAACACAAUCUCCCCCACCCCUCCUUCCCUCAUCUGGGAGAACAAUACCCAGCCUCCAGUUGAAGAGGGUCAGCUUUUGUCCCUCUCCCCACAAUCCCGCUGAAGAGCGCGAGCAGACACGCUGACACAUUGACCUGCUGCUGCGAGAGGAGCAGACAGUGCAGAACAGUUGCUACGUUCUGCACAGUUUUAAUUCAGUACUUGGACAGCUCCUGUGAGGCGACGAGCGCAAGUGCGUGUUUCCAUGAGUGAGUAGACUCAACUGUUUUGGUUCGGAGACCAAGAAGCACAGAUGCAGCCCCCGUGUACGCUCCAGCUCGGCCCCUGUGGCCCCUCUCCAUCCCUGGGAUCGCAGAGCAGCACCGUCGGCUUCCAUCAGCUGGAAGAGAAGCAGCUCUUUGAGAAGUUUUGGAGGGGGACUUUCAAGGCCGUGGCCACCCCGAGACCGGAGAGCGUCAUCGUGGCCAGCAUCACCGCCCACCGGAGGGUGACCAACUUAGAGACAACCGCCUGCCAGCCGCUCAAGACUGAUGAGAGGAAAUCGGUGGACACCAGGGUGGACACAGCGGACAGACAUGGCUGCAUCAAAGGAAAAAGACGCAAACACCACAGUCAUCGCAGGGCCAGGAGCCCUUCCUUUGAUGAGGAACUAACCCCCCUGCCCAAGGGGAAGAAGAAGAAGAAGAGAAAGUCUGAACGGAAGAGGAAAAGGAAAAGGUCUCCUUCCUACAGCCUGUCGCCACUGAGGAAGAAGAAAAAGAAGAAGAAGAAGAGCUCCAAGAAAAGCAAGCGGCAUAGGUAUACCUCCAAAAAGUCAAAACACAGUUCUUCAAGUUUAAAACAUAAGAGGAAGGAUGAGCGCAAGCACAAGAAAAGUUCACGGACUCACUCGCGGCGGAGACGACGCUAUCGGAGGUCAGAGUCGGACAGUUCUUCCUACCAAUCUUCCACAGAGGACAGACACCAUCUGCAAAAAUCAGUGGUACAUCAGGCAUUAGGAGACCUGGCAGUCGUAGUAGAGGAAAGCAAUGGAGUGCUUGACCACACAGACAUGAAGUGGAGAUCUGCCACCAAAUCAGUGUGUAAAACGGCUCCAAAAUAUCGCUCCAUCCUCUCAACUGCCACCAUUUUGUCGUCAAAACCUGGAAGCAAGCUUUUACACGGAAAAGGGUCUCAGCAUUUAUCGAGCCAGACCGAAGGUCCGCACGAUUACGAUUCUGGGAAUGACACAUGUUCGCCGCCAUCAAGCAAAACUGGCGUUACUCAGGCAAAUGUCACUGACAACAAGAAGAGCCACCGCAAACGCCUGGCCUCGUCAGAAAAGCUGAAGUUCACUGACAAAGACAAUGGCUCUGAUUCAGGAAACUCUGUGACCAGCUACGCUUCCCUGUGCAAACCUUACAUGGAGGACGACUUGUCAGCAACCCUUUACAGUGGAAACGGCAAGAGAGAGCAGAUAACCUUAGGGUGUCGGGUAGAAGUUGUGAGAUCUCCAAAGCCUUCCAGCUGUCCACAGAGGAGGAGAAAGUCGUCUCGAAGGCGUCAGUCAUCCAGCAGCACGAGCAGGAGCAGAUCCUCGGGGAGUUCCAGAUACUCUGGGCGCUACUCUCGUAGCCUGUCGCUGUCAUCCUGCAGCUCGUACUCGCCUUCACCGAGUUAUUCGGCUGACCUGAGGCGACGAGGCAGCGUGUCCAGCCUGAGCUCCACAGGAAGCUACUCCAGACACAGUGCUGACAGACUACGAGACAGAAAGAGAAUGCAUAGCUCCCAAAAGAAAGAUGUGAAGCAUGCACAUAAGGUUAGUGGGAAGAGACAAAGACGCAAAUCCUACUCUCCUAUGAAGAAAAGGAGGAGAGACUCGCCAAGCCACCUGGAAGCACGCCGAAUCACAAGUGCCAGGAAGCGACCCAUCCCUUACUUCCGACCCAGCCCUUCGUGCAGCAGCCGAUCCACCAGUGUGUCAUCCUGGAGCAGCCUCUUCACCCGCAGCCGCAGUCGCAGCCCCAUCCACAGCAUUAGCCGGAGCCGGAGCCACAGUUACUCCUCCUACAGGAGCUUCAGCCGUAGUUCAUCCUGGAACUCAAUCUUUGGGACCCGCAGUCGCAGCCGGAGCCGCGGUUCAUUGAACAAACGCAACAAAACGAGGCACUAGGUUUCUAAGGGCACAUGAAAGGACGAGAGCGGGUACGUUGGAUGUUGGAGCAAUCGUCUGUGUGCGUCUCCGUGCUCCACUUUGACACUUGAGUGGAAAUGUCCCAGCAAGGGGUUCUGACCACGUCUUUCAUUGAGGCAGUCUUGUUUGCUCUCUGCCUACAGAGACCACUGGAGACCGAAUGUCUUUUUGUUUGUUUUGAUCUUGUACUGCAUUCUCUUGCAUCAGCACUCACUAUGGCCUGAGACUAUUUAUCUCUUAGAUGUUAUUAUAGAAAAUGCACAUGGGACAUAAACAGUGUUCCUGUAUUUGUCUCAACAAACAUCGCUUUUCCUCAUUUUAUGUCCAUGCACUAUCCAUUGAAGUACUGUCCUAAGUAAAUGCUCAAUAUGUAUUUGAAAAUUGAUAGUUCUUGAAAAUGGUGCAUAAUGAGGCCUGAAGAAAAUAAUAAGAAAUUACUUAAUUCCCAUAAUUGUUUUGGGGGGGAGGGGGGUGCAAUUUACAGUAUUUGUUGGCUAAUGCAAGAGCAGAUGCACCAGCUACUUUUAAAGUUCCAUAAGACAUCGGGUAUUUACUGUCCAAUGUCAGGGUUGUAUGUUGUGAAGUCGUUAAGUAUUGAAGUAACAUUUGAGUUGUUUGAUCCGAGUGUUAACAAAUGGCUUCAGAGGGAUCUUUGUUGGGAAAAAGGGAAAAUGACUAUUGCUCUGAUCGCUGCACUUCACAAAGUGGAGAACAAACGCUUUUCCUCUGAAAAAGUAAACGGCGGGCAGCUGCCUGUCAGCUCAAAGGUCAAAUUAAUCUAUCCUCUGGUCAAGUGGAAAACAAUUGAAAUGUCAAGUGCAUGUAAUACAACAGAGAGCGAUCAAAACAUUGCGCAGGGACAGUGAGUGGGGGGGGGGUUCUUUUGACAAAAUAUUCACGUGUCAGAAGAGGUAUUGUCCUUGACGGCUUAUGCUGUUGACAGCAAAUAAAACAGAAUCAAUUUGUUAUGGGGUCGGGGAAAGGAUACAUUAAAUGUUAAUAUAAUGCUUACAUUUUCAGCUUGGGCUGUCCUAUACACACACACACACACACACACACACACACACACACACACACACACCCACACCCACACACCCUACUUAUCAGUCUCGGUUUUUAUUUGAUACUUAUGAUUUCAAAAUAUGGCACAGAUAGAACAAGUUGUAACUCAUUUUGACAGUAAGUCUGAACUUAUGAAGAGCAUUGAUACUGAAUUUACUUGAAUAAUGUUUUCUUGCUACAACACUGGAACCAAACACAUGAAUCGACUGCGUUUCUGUUCUUGAGCUACAUCACAAUAGGAAAGGCCUUUUUUUUUUUUAUUGUGCAGCACCAUCCAUAUUUAUUACUAAUUUAAUAUUUAUUGGUUUGUUGUCCCUCUCAGUAGUGGUCAGUCUUUCUAUGCAACACUGUCAGUUUAUAGUUAUUAUGGCACUGCUGUAAUUUAUUUUAUUUUUAAAUUAUUCUCGGGGUUCGCCACCUCACUCGCACAUAAACCUCAACGUAGCUGCAGAUGUUCUAAAGACAAAGGAGCAGAAGCUGAAAUGGCAGAACAAAAAUCAAAAGUAUCAUUUGUUGCUUAACAUUUGCUUUCCUGUCAAGAAUUAGAUGAGAACGUUACUACCACUCUCAUAUCUGUCUGUUAAAUAUGAAACUACAGCCAGCUAUCUUAGCUUAGCAUGAAGACGGGGAAAUGGAGAAACCGUUGGCUUGGCUCUGUUAAAAGGUUAAUAAAAUCUGCCUAAUGGCACCUCUACAGAUCAUUAAUCAAAAUAUAUCUCAUGUGUUUAAUCCAUACAAAAACGUAAGUGUAGAAUUGACAAGUUGUGUUUAUACGGUAGGUCAUGUGCCGGACUAUUUUAUUUCUUUCCCUACAUUAAAACGGAGAAGAACUCCCGUACACAACCCGCUUAAUGCUGAAAUAUUUAUUUACACGUUUUGGUCUUCUCGACUGUAAUCAGGUAUCUUUCUCUCCAUAAAACCACAACUUUUUGUUCUGACACUUUCGUCUUUGUAUCAAUUAAAUAGACGAGUUGUAACAUGUUAAUUAGUGAGCUUUAGAGCAGCGGAUUACGGGUACAGUAGGUGGAUGUUUUUCUAACUCUUUGACAGACCUCAUUUCCAGUCUCAAUGCUAAGCUAAGCUAACUGGCUGCCAAUCAUAACUUCAUAUUUACAGUACAGGCGUGAGAGUGGUAUCAGUCUGCUCGUAUAACUCUGGGCAAGAAAGCGAAGAAACAAAAUGUCAAACUUUUCCUUUCAAGUUCAUUUUCGAAGCUGCUUUGACUAAAGAGUUUGAAUCUGCGAAGGAAGUUUGAAACUGCAUUUCCAAAUAAUUAAGACUUAUAUUUCUAAAUCAUUUCAAAUGUAUCAUGCUGUCUGUGUAACUGCUCCAGGCCUGACAGACUGCUCUCUAUGCACUCAAUACUCUCAGCUUAUUUCCCUGAAUGUCAACUAAAGUGGACAAAUGAGGGAUGUAUGACGCUGGAAGAGGAAGGGACUUGGCACCAAAGUCAUCCAUAAACUAUAAAGUGGCGAUGACUCUGUGCCAGUAGAAAAUGUGUGCAGUCAUGUUCAUAAACUUUUUAGAUGGGUGCCCAUGCCACAAAGGCCCUCUCCCCAUCUCACAAUGUAAAGUUUACAUCAGUUCUUGUGCCAGAUCUUUUUGAAUAUGUAAUAACUGUGGUGUAAAUAUGCAUCUGCAUUGUAAAGAUUAGACAUAAUGUGAUUAUUUGAUUUACAGAAUGUGAUUUGGGCCUUGUUGGAUGUUAAAAUGUUUGAAUAAUGAUGUAUUGACCAGUGGAAAGGGAAAAGACGACAACAUGCCCGUCAGGCAUCAAUAAAUGGACUCUAGAUGUCUUUGUGCUAAAGAUCCCUCUGAUCAUGUCUUUUGUUAUAUGAAAAAAAAUCUCAUUAACAAAGUCUUAUAGCAAUAGUGAUUGAUUGUUUUCAGUGAUUAAUUAUGCAUACUCCCCCUGUUUUCCAUAUGAAGGAGCAUAUUGCAAAAGCCCAUUUUAUCUUGUGUCAGUUGGAACUCCACUUUGUAAUAACGUGUCAUCUGAAUAUUGAAUUGUCCCGGGGAAAUCAACUUUCCCUUUCACUGCGUGUUUAAAAUAACCUCUAUAAAAUCAUGUUCUGAAUUAAAAAAAAACUUUUCUGA